AAGACGAGGAUCCUCAUUUUUAACCUACGAAGACCAUUUGGAUAUAAUGUCGUGUUUAUGGUAUUUCAGACUUAUAAUUUCUUUGUGUCUAUCCGGGUAUGUCUUGUGUCAGUGCAGAGCUGGGUGGAAAUACCAUGCUGGAAUGUGUUUUUAUUUUAGUGACGAGAAGAAAUCCUGGUACGAAGCUGCAGUUAAUUGCAGAACGCACAGAAGUUCGUUGGUAAUAGUUAACACACAUGAUAUCAAUACAUUCGUUGUAAAUCAAAUCAACAGGCAUGGAGGAUCAUACUGGACAGAUGGUACUGAUGAUUUUCAAGAAGGAGAAUGGGAAUGGCCAUCUAGUGGUCAGCUCUUUAACUUUACAAAUUGGUAUCACGGACAACCAGAUAAUCACCACAGUCAGGGAGAGGAUUGUUUAGCGAUUCACGCACAGCAUUCUAGCACGUGGUUUGAUGAUCAGUGUACAUUAAAACAGAAAUAUGUAUGCUAUGAAAGCUCGAUCCAGGACGGUGGUUUUGUCAUUGGAUAAACAGUUGUACCUUCAAUACUGUUAUGACUAACAAUAAAGUUCAAAAGCUGAUGGAUUUUGAUUCUUAGUACCACAGCUUUUGAAAAAAAUAGUCAA